UUUUUAAAACUUGCUCAACAGAUCGAACCUCGGGGUCUUCGCGCCGAGAUCUAUGACCUCUAGUAUUUCUUAAUUGCUCUUCAGAGCGAAUUUGUGGAUCUUGUCGCCUUGUUCUAUGUUGAACAGUUUUUGGAACUUGCACAUCAUAACGUUCUUUCGCGCCGAGAUCUAUGACCUCUAGUAUUUCUUAUUUGCUCUUCAGAGCGAAUUUGUGGAUCUUGUACUUAAAUGUAAUUUUCUUGAGUUUACAGUUCAACUCUUGACCUUCAUAUAAAAUCGAAAGGCUAACGAAUAGUCAUCAAAAGAUAUAUUAAUUCUACUAUCAGACAAGAAAUCUCUUAAAUUUGAAAUGUCUUCUGUGGUCAUAUUUCAAUUAAUAACGUUUUGAAUUUUGAAAAAGUUUUCGUUGUGUUUUUCUGAAUUUUAACUUGUUUCUGUAAGAGGUACCAGUAUUUGCGUUGAAGGCAUUGGUGGAAAUGGUAUACCAAAACGGCAAAAUUGUUGUCCCCUUAUUUCCCUAGUACAAUCCCGACUGUGGUUAUGCUUUUAAUAACCCAAAUAAUUUUAUAAGUGGCUGAUUAAAUCAUCUGUAGAAAUAUAAUUGUCAAUAAAACUAAUGACAUUUGAGAAUGUCUGAGGAUCUUGAAUGUUGAUCCUGGGAUCAUUAUUAAGCCAAUACAUGCCAUGUACAUGCGGGGAACCUCUCUGUUGAAAUUCCACUCUCCAGUAGAAAUUUGUGAAAUUAUCUAGCACAAGUAAUCGCGUCUGACCGAAUUAUGCGAUAUCUAUCUUGGGUUGUUAAACUGUGGGCUGCAAGCAAAGAUAUUCAUUAUUAGUUUCACGAUGUCGUCGUCAAGGAAAUAGUUUUGCACGAAGAAAAUAAUUUAAUGAAAAGAUGGGAUCGGAAAUAAAAGAUUGGUUGAGAAAAAACAAUUUUAAAAUAUACAGAUUUUUUACUUUUUUAGCUUUAGUUUUGCUACACAGUUCAGUGCAUGGAUAGGAUUGGAAAAAUGCAUAUUAAGAAGGCGUUCUAGUUCGAAAAUUCAGAGUUUGGUAGUAGAAAAGUGUAAGUGUAUUGCAACUUGAAAGCAAUUUCGUACUCGUGCAACAUUCGCGUUACUCAUUCUAUUACAGGUCAUAUAGCCUCUUCGCACAAGAGUAAAUUGAUCAAUUAACCGGCGUUUCCUCAAAGCGCUAAUUUAGAUCGAUUUACAUGUAUAAUAAAAAUCUUAAUUUACUACAUUAAUUCCUAAUCAAAUAUAUGGAAAUCAAGUUGAAACUGUAAUGCAACUCUACGGGUUGUUGUCCCCACUGUAAAUUUGGCUAUGUUUAUGAUCAAAUAGCCGGCUGUGUAAAAAGCUAAAACUGGUUUCUUAAUUAUAAUCUUAACGUAUUCAAUUAAUUUGGCUAUGCGAAAACGCUGAUAGAGUAUAUUAUGCUUGUGUAAACACACUGAGCGACACCAAAAGAGAAUUUGCCGAUUAUGAAGGAAAAAAGAGUCCCCGUCUGAACUCUUUUACGGACUGGAAGAUGCAGUUAAACUAUCCCAAGGCGAGGAAGAUUGGGAUUGGGACUACAACCUCCUUAGUUCAUACAAAAAAAAAGGUUAAGAAAGCAAAGAAAUUCUUGGAAAUCUUUUUGCAAUGAUAUCGCGAAUACGGCGGAGGCGUCUCGACUUAGGAAAAUAAUUGCACAAUCGGUGCCUAGCAUUGGAUACCUUCAGAAGCCAGACCACAGCUGGGCGAUAUCCAGUGAAGAGUCUUUAGGCCUACUGAGGGAUACCCACUUCCCAGGUAGUUCUGAAAGCCAUACAGUCAAGUAUAUACAAAUUAUUCCUGGCUCAAUUACAGCAGUCGCAAAACUACAUAAUAGAUUGGCUAGUAACCAUUCUUAAAGGGGCGCUGCAGUUAAACUAUAUUCCUCUGUUAUGGAGGAAAGUCAAGGUAAUAUACAUAACUGAGGCGGGCAAAAGCUCACAUACAAGUCCAACGGAUUUUAGACCAAUUAGUCUCCCCUCAUUCUCCCUAAAAACGUUGAAAAGACUAAGAUAUACACAUAAGAAACAAACUAAGCACAGAAAAGUUGGCUGUUUUACAGCAUGAGUAUUUUAAAGGAAAAUCCACGAAAACAGCACUAAGCUCAGUGGUAGCAAGGAUUGAAAAAUCUAGGGAGAUAAAAAAUAUACCCUCGUAGCCUUCUAAAAUAUAGAAGGUGCUUUCAAUAAUAUUCAGCCUAGGGUCAUACUGAGCGUGCUUAAAGAUUUGGACAUCUCUAUGGAGAUAAAAGAAUACACCCUCGUAGCCCGUUUAAAUAUAGAAGGUGCUUUCAAUAAUAUCCAUACUGAGCGCGCUUAAAGAUGUGGACAUCUCUGAACAGAAGCUCACGAGCAGGUCAAUAAUUUCAACGCUGGGAGCUACAAUGAUUUGCAGAUCUGUCCAAAGAGAUACUCCUUAAGGCGUGUUAUCCCCAUUUCUCUGAAUACUAACAAUGAAAAAAUUGCUGUUAGAUCUACAAAAGAAGGGCGUACUGUUGUGCCGGUUUCGGUUAGAGGUAAAUUCCCAAUUACCCCCGCAAACCUAAACUUAAAUGCUAGCAAAACGGGGCUAGUAUUGUUCACUAGGAAACACAGUAUUCCAAAAGUUAUGGAGCCAUUAUUAAAUUGUACCAGGCUAACAAUUAGAGAUAAAGGAAGCUACUUAGGACUAAGUUUAGACAGAAAGCUUUAAUAGAAAACAAACUUAGCUGCUAGGGAGAGUGCUACAGCACUUUACACCUGCAAAAAGAUUGUGGUCGCCAAAUGGGGGUUAACUCCUCGGGUAGCUCAUUGGCUCUACACAGUAGUUGUUAGACCGAUCACGACAUACGGUAUGUUGGUAUAUUGGCCAAUAAUGAAAAAGAAAUACGCGAUGAGGCGUAUGGAAAACAUAUGUACAAAGAGCAGCCAGUAUAUGCAUCCGUGGAGCUUUUAGAAUAACGCCAAGUCAGGUACUAAACGUCAUUUUACAUUUACUGCCAACAGUCUGUAAGCAACUGGCAACGAUGUCAGCUCUUAGACUGAGGGAAUCCUCUGAUUAAUUUCCUGUAAUAAGGGGUAUUCUAAGAUACUUAGUAAUGUCCCGUUUCUACCCACUACCAUACAUUUUCGAAAUCCUAUGGAAUUGAAACUAAAUUCCAGAGAGAGUGGGAAAAUGGCGAGGUUGACAGGGAUCUAUAAGGAUGGGUCCAAAUUAGAUAAUCGAGAGGGAUUGGUGAUGACAUAAGAACUCUAAUAGGAGUGCUAACAGGUCACUGUCACUUGGUAGACAUACCAGCAGACGAGCUGCACCAUACAAUGACUAUUGUAGAAGUUGUCAGGAGGUAGGAGAAGAGGAGACUGUAAAACAUCUUCCAUGCGAAUGAAAGGCUCGAGGGUUUUUGGAUGACGUCUCGGAAGUUGCUGAUAUAAAACUAUUUGUACUGAUGAACUUGAUCAGAAGCACGAUUUGGUUUAUAAAUUUUGUCCCAUAAUUAUAUGAUCGCGGUUCAUACUUUUCCCCUGUAAACAAUCGGUUCAAAAUUUCGACCUAUUUCGACAGUAUAAAUUUAAAUUUUAAGCUAUAAAUAUUGUGUAAAUCCUGAGUUACAGUGUUCUGAACACACGGCUGAUUGGCUUAUCCGAAACAAAAAAUAAUAAUAAAGGCGUUUUAAUCUGUAAGCUUAAAUGCACAGAAUGAACUAUUAUUAAAUGAAUAUACCAAAAAUUGGACUUUUGAUAGAUAUUUGGAAAAAAACUUCAAGUCAAAUAAUUUGUAUUCAUUGUUUGAAAAUCCUGGCCUACAUAAAAUAUUUUAUGUAUUUUAUCAAAGUGGAAAUACAAUUUAUAAAAAGCGAAAAUUUAACCGCGUCUAGGUACCAUGAGGUACUCGAGAGGAAAUCAUUUUUAUACCGUGAAUAGAAUAUAUUAAGUUUGCACGAAGUUUGUAACAACGGAGACCCCAUAUAAUAUAUAUAUAUAUAAAUAAUCAGCGAUACGACCUUAGUGUAUUUAGCCAUGUCCAUCUGUCCGUCUGUCUGUAUAUACGCGAACUAGUCCCUUUUUUUGAGAUAUCGCUCUGAAUUUUUCUUUUUUUUGGACCAUUAUAGCACAUAGCUGUCAUACAAACUGAACGUUCUAAAUAAAAUUCUUGGAAAUAAAACUUUUUUAUUUGACAAGGUAUCUUCUCGAAAUUUAUUAUCUAAAGUAAAUUAUUUCAUUAUCUAGAGCAACACCAUAACACAUUUUUUAGAUCAUAUCAAAAUCCAGUACUUGUAAGAAAACUUUUACAUUUGACGAGAAAUCUUCACAAAAUUUGGCGUGAAUUAUUAUCCAAGGCAACGGCACAAUCUUCGAACACAUUUUGAUGAGAUCACUAUAGCAUAUACAUAGCUCGUAUACACAUGCAGACAGACAGAAAGGCGAAAACAAGUCGUAUUGUUAUUCCCAAAAUAUAUGUACAUACAUUUAUAUAAUUGGUACAAGUUAAUUGAAUUCCGAAUCAUAGAUGUAUAGCAAUUAAAAUAAUAGCAUUAUUAAUGCGAAAUCAAAUUUCAAACGAUUUGUUUAUUACUUAUUAUUUUAUAUGUAUCGCAUCCGGAAUUCACCAAUAAUCUCAAGCCUUCAUCGUUUGAAUUUAAUAUUUAUGAUAAAGGUUGUCUUUAUUCUAACAUUUGAGUGAAGGGAUGUUUUCGUUUUUACGGUUUUCAUACAUCAGAAAUUAUAUGUAUGUAUGUAUAUUCCCGCUGCGAAACUUUUCCAGUGAAUGCAACUGGCGAAGUACCUACAUUUAUGCUACAACGUUGGUAGUGAGGAUAACUGAUUUUAGUUUUUCCUCCUAUUGUAACUUAACCCGAAACACGAUUUGUGAUUAAUGUGUGCCUGAAUUUGAACAAGAUAUGGUACAAAGUGUAUUGUAACCAUCUCCAUUUUGACCAUGCGUAUUUUUCUUCUUUCAGAUAUAUUUUUUGUGUUAAACGAAUAGUGCAGUACCCUCUAGUUUUGGCCAACAUCUUUACUAAACUAUAAGAUAGUCAACUCGCCUGUCUAUCUUGCCUCGUCCAGUGGCCGUUGUGCUCAGUUUAUAGUUGAAUACGUUCUAUAAUAUAUAUAAAAUCAUAUAUCCAUAUAUAUAUGUGUAUGCACGAUGUAUAUGACGAAAAAUAAUUCAGCCUAGAAGCGGAAUAUCUAAACAAGAGCAUGCGCGUUAGCGCUUCACAUUUUUUAAUAUAUAUCUCUUGCCUUUCUACGAAGUGCGCUUGCCUGAGAGUAAUGUGUUUUUUGGAAUUCCCUUUUCUCACGCUCUCUUUAUAAAUACUUUUUAGCACGUUAUAAGGGAAAUCUUCUAAAUUUUAGUCUUCGGAGGUUUGUGGGUCGGCUAAAAGGCGAAGAAUAAUAAUUGGCAACCAACCGAUACAGGAGUGUAUCAUAUCGAACAUUUUAGUAUUUGAUUCGUUUGCUCUCCUAACGGAAGAACAAUCAACAAGCGUAACCAAGUAUAGUACGAGAACUCCUACAUACCGCCGACGUGGUCGUUGUUAAUACGCACUUAUAGCGUAUAAAAAAUUCCAAUUCAGUGACUAAAGAAAAUUUUAUCUAAAGAAGUCUGAAAAGUCUUAUCUGGAAUAAAAACUUAUUAGUUUAUUUAAAACAAGUGUCAAAUAUAAAAGUUUGUAAUAUUUUUUAAAUAAGUAUUACAACUGUUAACUAAAACAAACUAAAAAACAGCAAUUAACCCAGAAAAGUUGUUAAGCAAAUAUAUGUAUGUAUCUUCUUACACUGUCUUAUAUCCUAAAUACAUGUACUACCUGCCUAUAAAUAUGGGCUUAUUCGGACUUUCAAAUUACAAGUUAUUUUAAAUAUUAAGUGCUAUGAAAUUUGAGUGAAAAUUACCCCAAUUAUUGACCGAAUUAGAGAAGUAUUGGACAUUUUAAAAUCAAAUUUUGGAAAAAAUUAUUGACGUUUCGAAUUUAUAAAGAAGUCCGUGAUGAUCCACAACAUUCACUGAAGUGAACACACAUACAAGUUAACUCCACAGCAUUUAAAGGAUAAGCUCAUUUACAUAACAGACAUAUAAUCAAUGAUAACAACUCCAAGGUUUUAGCUUUCCUUUGCAAUCGACGCUCUUUUUGGGACCUUCAGCAGUUACUGUUAAUUAGUAUACAGUCAUUGACCAAAUAUAGAACAAAGAAAGAUAAUUCUAGUCACAAACUUAAGUUGCGUUUACUGCCGAAAUAGAUUUUCUUAAGUGUGCCAUCGCGAUGGCUGCUCCAGCAGCCUGUACGCGUUUUUCCGAUAAUUAUGAAAUUAAGGAGGAACUUGGAAAGGGCGCCUUCUCUGUCGUCAAACGUUGUGUUCAAAAAUCAACACAAUUUGAGUUUGCAGCGAAAAUUAUCAACACAAAGAAACUCACCGCAAGAGAUUUUCAAAAAUUAGAGCGAGAAGCUAGAAUUUGCAGAAAACUACACCAUCCUAAUAUCGUAAGACUGCACGAUAGCAUACAGGAAGAAAACUAUCAUUACUUAGUGUUUGAUCUUGUUACUGGUGGUGAGCUGUUUGAAGAUAUUGUUGCGCGCGAAUUUUAUUCAGAGGCUGAUGCAUCGCAUUGCAUUCAACAAAUCUUGGAGUCUGUUAAUCAUUGCCAUCAGAAUGGUGUGGUGCAUCGUGAUCUGAAACCAGAAAACUUACUAUUAGCUAGUAAAGCCAAGGGUGCAGCUGUAAAACUAGCCGACUUUGGCUUAGCCAUAGAAGUUCAGGGCGACCAUCAGGCAUGGUUCGGUUUUGCCGGCACCCCUGGCUACUUAUCGCCGGAGGUGCUGAAAAAGGAGCCAUAUGGCAAAUCGGUAGAUAUAUGGGCAUGUGGAGUUAUUUUAUACAUUUUACUAGUCGGUUAUCCACCCUUUUGGGAUGAGGAUCAACAUCGUCUUUAUUCUCAAAUAAAGGCUGGCGCAUAUGAUUAUCCAUCGCCUGAAUGGGAUACCGUAACACCUGAAGCAAAGAACUUGAUAAAUCAAAUGCUAACAGUUAAUCCAAAUAAAAGAAUCACUGCGGCUGAAGCGCUAAAGCAUCCAUGGAUUUGCCAAAGAGAGCGUGUGGCUUCGGUGGUUCAUCGCCAAGAGACUGUGGAUUGUCUCAAAAAAUUCAAUGCUCGGCGUAAACUCAAGGGUGCUAUUCUUACUACAAUGUUAGCAACCAGAAAUUUUUCAAGUAGGAGUAUGAUUACCAAGAAAGGUGAGGGAUCUCAAGUUAAGGAAUCAACAGACUCCUCAAGUACAACACUAGAAGAUGACGACGUUAAGGAGGAUAAAAAGGGAAUUGUUGAUCGCAGCACAACAGUCAUAUCAAAAGAGCCCGAAGAAAUAAGGAUUGUCUGUCCAGCGAAAACUUCACAACAAAUGUCAUCUAAUUCUCAAUGCACAGCAGCAAGACGUCAGGAGAUAAUUAAAAUAACUGAACAACUGAUUGAGGCCAUAAAUAGCGGUGACUUCGAUGGAUACACGAAAAUUUGCGAUCCCCACUUAACUGCAUUUGAGCCUGAAGCUUUAGGCAACCUUGUCGAAGGAAUUGAUUUCCAUAAAUUUUACUUUGAGAACGUACUGGGCAAAAAUUGUAAAGCCAUAAAUACUACUAUUCUGAAUCCUCAUGUCCAUUUGCUGGGAGAAGAUGCAGCAUGCAUUGCCUAUGUACGUCUAACACAAUAUAUAGACAAGCAAGGACAUGCACAUACGCACCAGUCAGAGGAAACACGUGUGUGGCAUAAACGAGAUAAUAAGUGGCAGAAUGUACAUUUUCAUCGUAGCGCGUCCGGCAAAAUUAGCGGUGCAACAACUUUUGAUUUUAUUCAACAGAAGUAGAAUGAUUAACGUAUAACGAUGUCGGUAAGCAUACCACAACUACUGUUUGAGACAGUUAAUUAUAUAAAUUAACUGUGGGGCUUGCUCAGAAAUACCAACCAACUAUAAUGUUACCAAACAAUUUAACAAAAACAACAAUUUUAAUAGUACGAGAAAUAAUGGGAGAAAUUUAAACUAAUAUUGAAUUCAUGAAGCAGUUUGUACACUUUUUAUUGGAAGAAAACCGGUAACAAUAACAAUAAAAUAAAAGGUUUUUGUGGUAUUGAAAUGCAUUCAUAAUUAAAGCAGAUUAUUGUUGUGCAAUUGUUUCCAACAUGUUUGGUCUUUGAGUAAAAGAAGAUGGUGGACAUACUUUACUUAUAAUAAAUAUAAAAGAGGAUACAAUAUUUAAGUGCCGCAAAGUGAAGGCAAAAUAUAAGGGUGUUAUAAUAAAUAUAUAUAUAUAAAUGAAAAACUAAAUUAUGCAAACUGCAGGUGCUACGAGAUGAUAUUAUUUGUCUUCAUGUUAGAAAAUUGCAAAAACAUAGCAAAUGAAAAAAGAAAAGAUAUGGAUUUAUUUUAAAUAGUUAUGAAUUAAAAAAGUGAAAUAGAUAAUGAAAAGAUAAAAUUAUUGAAAAUAAAGUGCGUAUAAUGCACGUUGUGCGCAAAAUAUUGUAAACUUUCUUAAACUGUUUGUUAUUUAAGUGAAAUGUGAAAAUAUAACAAUGAGUUUAAUUAAGAUUUUAUGCAACAACUAUUUAAGUAUUUAUUGGUAAUCGCUUAUAUACCUACUUGUAUGUAGCUAAUUAUUUCUGAUGUAAGGUUACGUUUGUACUUUGUGUUUGUCUACUACAUAAAAUUCUGUCAGAGUUUAACUUUCAAAUAAAAAAAAUUAAUUGAAAAUUUAACAUUAUUACUGUGUGUGAAAACAAACAAAAAAGGGGAUAAAGAGAUUUACUGGAGAUAAUUAGGUUAAAGAUAAUAAAAUUUUGAAUACUAAAUUUUUAAAUAGCACAACUAAUAAGUUAAAUCUUACAAAGUAAUUAAGAAAAAAAAACUUACAAACCGACACAAUGUUUACCCCUAAGCUAUGAAAAUAAUGUUUAAACAAAAUGUGGCAUAAAAAUUGCAAAGCAAGUAUACUAAGGUUCAACAAAUAUUUAAUUAUUUAUUAAAAAAAGCAUAUUUGUGUUGUGAAGUUUAAAAUGCGCUGUAAAUGAAAAGCUUAUAACUGAUACAUGCUAUAUAAAUACACAUCUAUAUAUUUUUUGUGUUUAACAAAUUCAAGUUCACUCGAAAAAAUUUUAAAUUUCCGUUGGUUCAAUUGUUAAAAACGUAAUGGCAUUCUUUGAUUCUAAGCUCUCCAACGCAAAAAAUUUCAUGUGAAAGUAGCAAAAAAGUUUACCAGUUAACGUCAAAAAAAGAUAGAAGUGGUGUAACUGGUUCACAUAUGUUUGCUAUAUUCUUUGGAAUAUCAAUUUUGCUUAAGAUUCUCAUCCAAAUUUAUAUAUCUUCAAUGAAAGCGCGUCGAGUUAUGUGCAAGCGGUACUUAAUACAAUUUAACGAUUUCACAAAUCGUGCUAUCUGUUGAAUUUGUUGUGAACUCACACUUUACCACAUAUGCAGACCGCGACUAACGAUUAACAUAAAAAGUUAUUUGUAUGUUAAAUAAAGUUAAUAAUUGUUGAUAUUACAUCAUUUCUUCGAUAAUUCCAAAAUAAUAUGUAGCAUAUACCUUUGACUGGCUUUCUUUACAAAAAAACAUACAAAAAACUGAUUAUAUGCUUCAAUUAAAGCAAAUAUUUCAGAACAUUGUGUGAAAAAACUAGCACAAGGCUUAUGGAACGUAGAUGUGAUGCCGAGUUGACAGUCAGUUACUUAGACCCGACGGACAACUAAUCGAGUCUUUAGCACUGGCUACUUGAAAAAUAUUUGCCGGUAUUUACCGUUUGAACGGCAAAAUAUUCUAGUCUUACCGCUCUAGUAAAUCGUUCCAAUUAAUGCGAUUGCAAACAUUGAAAAUUUUGUUAUUCUUUUAACGGGUUAGGUGUAGUAAGAGACAUGAAAAACUCCUUGCGGCGACCAUCACUAAUCCUAGGAGAUUAAUCUAAAAUCAAUGGAAAAAAAUUGGUUUUAUUAAUAGAUAAUCUAGUGCUUGAUCGGAGCCUUUUGUUUUUUUAACUAACAAGAUGGCGGCCUGAGGAAAAUUUUUUCGUGAAAAAGCCAACAGGUAAUUGUUUACAAAAUAAUUGUUUUAUAAUAAAAAAAUCUUUCGAUCAGGCACUAGUAUUUCAUGUUUUCUAAAAGCUUUUCAUUCUGUUUCAUUGAAAUCUACCGAGCAGUUUUCGAGCUAGAGGGAUCACCAGUUACAAAAACAUAGUUUUGAGAAAAACUCAUAACGCAUUUCAAGGACUCAAAACUCGUCUGAUUUACUUUUAAUUUUCAGAGACUAUUUCUAAGAUGUUUUUUGUACUUAAUAUCGACUUUUUGAUAAUUCUGACUCCCCUUAAUGUCCUUAACCCCAUAAAGCGACCACACUUAUCAGACCUAGUGCCUAGCUAAUGAGCAUUCGAAAUACUAUUAAAUUUCUAUCAGCCUAUUUACCUUACCUAACGUAACUUGUAGUCAUAUUUAGUCUUCUGGUAUUGCAAAUACAUAGCGCGAAGGAUCUUAACUUUUACUGAUGUUACUGUGGUUAAAUAACCAACAAGGGAAAAACGUUGUAGAAAAUUGUGUUUGUCAUUGUCAUUUAUGACAAAACUAAAGCUAACAUUGAUGUUAUCAGUUACAUUUAAAUAUAUUACUAAUCAGUGUGUAUAAAGAAAGUAAAAGUGUUGUAUUUCAAAUCGUGUUCAAUUCCCAACAAAAUUGUAUAUUACAAAAUAGAAAGCAGCAAAUUUUAAGAAAAAAAAAAACGAAUAUUCAGUAGGCAAUUAAUCUUGCAGACCCUAUAGGGAUAGCGCUUAUUUUAACUACUUUUUACGUAAAAUAUUUUCUCUUCACGAUAAACUACAAAUUUUCCAUCAGAUUAAUAUCCAAGAUUGUAUUUUGGACACUACAACAAUUGAAUAUUGUGUGCGAUUUCGGUACUUUCCUAACAUCGCUAUCCUUCUGCGUAUCCGAUUUUAAUACCCUGGACAAGGUAUAUUAAUUUUGCCACGAAGUUUGUAACAUCCAGAAGGAAACGUCAGAGACCCAAUAAAAUAUAAGUAUAAAUGAUCAGCGUGACAAGCUGAGUUGAUCUAGCCUUGCCCGUCUGUCUGUCUGUAUAUACGAAAACUAGUCCCUCAGGUUUUGAGAUAUCGCCCUGUAAUUUUGUACACGUCCUUUUCUCUCCAAGAAGCUUCUCAUUUGUCUGAAGCGGCGAUAUCGAAUCACUAUAGUAUAAAGCUGCCAUACAAACUGAACGAUCAAAACCAUGUCCUUGUACUGACAACUUUUUUAUUUGACUAGAUAUAUUUAUGAAACUUGGUAUGGAUUAUUGCCGGUAUAAGCCCCGAGAAAAUUGUUCAGAUCGUACCACUAUAUCUAUGCUGCCAUACAAACUGAUCGAUCAAAAUCAAUACAAAGAUCUUUUUAUACCGUUUUAUGAUAUAAUAUAUGCUACUGUGAAGGGUAUUAUAAUUUCGGUGCAACUGAAGUUAACUUUUUUUUCUUAAGUAUUCAGAAUGCUCCCUUUAUAAAUUCUUUUCUUAGUACUCAUAAUAAGAUUAUCUGAUCAAUAAUAAUAGCGAAAUUGAAAACCAAUUUUAACAGUUGACCGUUAUAGUAGCUAAUAACAAUAACAAAACAAUAUUUUUUAAUAGAAUCAAGAAGAUGGUACUAAAUACACAGUUAUUUUUCUAGUUAUAGUCAAAAUAUACUUACUAGAUAACUAAAAUAAAAAAGUCUACUUUUAUGUUUUCCUUGUCACAGUCAGUUAUAGGUAGAUUAAAUAUCAACAAAUCUUUCGACAUUGAAAAUACUAGUUAGAUUUUAUGUAAAAAUAAAACCCGACUACAAAAAGUUAAAAUGAAGCUACAAUUUAUCAGCCUUUCGGAAAUCAAUAAAUAUACGAUAUGUGGGGUUACAAUAAGACGCACAACCACAAAUAUUGAGAGAAUUCAGGCUAAACACUAUCAAUGAUGUUACUAUCAAUUGCAUAUGUACCUAUUAGUUUUACAAUUUUGAACAAAGGCGGAAUACCAAAUGUUAAAAUACUCAACACUUUGAACGGAAUCCCAUUAUUUGGCAAAUUUAUUUUAUAAACGGGGAUAAUAUUAGUAUGGGUUGCGAAAUUUUUGACUAAAAAAUUUUGAUUGAAAACUUUUUAAAUCUAAUUUUUAAUCCUAACAUCAGAAAUUGGACAGUUAAUUUUUAAUCCAAGAUGUUGGGAUUAAAAAUUUGAAAUCUAAUUUACAAUCCAAAUUCUUUUGAUCAAAAAUUUCGUAACCCUGGAUAUGAAAUCGAAAAUUUGAAAUCUAAUUUUUAAUCCAAAAUGAUUGAGAUUAAAAAUUGACAUUUUUAUUUUUGAAUUCAAUAGUUAUAUUUGAAAAUUGUAUAAAUUGAAAAAUUUAAAAAAUGUUUAAUCCCAAAGUCAGAAUUAAAAGUUGAUAAAAUAUAAAUGCUUUGAAUGUGUAAGUUUGUCGACCAGUGCUUCAGAGCCUUGAUUAUUGAAAAUGAUGGCUCUGUGCUUGUUCAAAAUUUUGGAACACGAAAAACGCAAAAGCGGAACAAUGUUAUUUCUAUUUUACUUUUUUAAUUUUAAUUUAUAUUCUUGGAAUUCAGUUUUUUUUCAAUCCAAUAUUUGAUAUUAAAAAUUUAUUUUUAAUUUAUUUAUUUUUAAUUUUUAAUCCGGUUUUUGGACUUAAUUUGUUUUUAUAUUUUUUUAUCCUUUAUUUGGAAUUAAACAUUUAAAAAUUAUAUUUGAUUUUCGGGGUUGCAAAAUAAAUACCAAAUUUAAUUCAAAUGUUAAUUCAAUUAAUUGCAUUUUUUGCAACCGUACACUGGUACACAGUAUAUAAUUACAGUAAAAGUAAUGGUUCUUUUAUAUACUAUCUGGCAGUAAUAAUGCAAUGUUAUAUUUGAAAUUUUGUAUUUGAAAAAAUUGCAGAAGUUUUUACACAAAUUGGAACGAAAAGUUCUAUUCUCUAUUGUUACUAAUGACGAUGCAAUAAUUUUUUAAUUUCUUUUUUAUUGAGGACCUAACUCAAAACAUACUUUUAUCUAAAUAUAUAUUAAUUUGGCCGAAUAUUUUAGGCUUGCUUGUACUAGAUACCUAUGAUAUAUAUACACAUAUACAUACAUAUUUGCCAAUAUUCCCAGGAAAGUAUUCGAAUUUUUACAUUAAUCUGUCAAAUUUUCUGUCGAUUGGUACACAGCCAAAUUAACACUUAUAGUAAUGUUCGUUGUCAAUUAUAAUAAGGGUGCCUGGAGAGAAAACGUUCAAAGCCGAGCCGAGCGCAAAGCUGACGAGUCCGAUAAAUCAGAUUUAAAACUGUGCAUGCACAUUUUCAUAAGAAUUCGCACAGGCGCCGCAGAGUGAAAUCCGAGCGUAAAGCUGAUCUUUGUGAGAAAACCAGUUUUGAAGCGCUUUUCGGCGCCGACUUGCUUGUUGCAUAGUUCAUUUGUAAGAUGGUCUCAUAUUUUGCGCUGAAUCUUCCAUUUACUUUGCGGUACCUCAAUUCGACCAGCGCUGAUCGAAAUAAGUCUUGCGCUCAGCUCGGCUUUGAGCGACUACUCUGCAGGCACCCUUAGACAUGACCGUUUAAUACGAAAUAUAUAAAGAAGGCAAAUUAAUACCGAUUAAUAUAUAUUAAUAUUAAAUAUUAUAAGGAGGGUACAUUGUUAAAUUGACUCGAUUUCCGAAAAUAUAUAGAUGGAAAAAAUCAUUCAGCAAUAUUGAUUAAAAAAAUGAUACCCUAAAUAAUAUUAAUUUUAUUAUGAGAGCAAAAAACUGGACAGAGUCCAAAGUUUAAACAAAAUAAUCUUAUAGUUUAAAAACAUGUAUACGUGAAUAAUACAACAGCCAUCCCGUGGAAGUUGGUCCACGUUCGCUGGGAACUACUUCCUUUACGGAUAAUUUGAAACAAUGUUCAUUGUACUUAUUAUGUAUAUAUUUGGGAAACAGAUUAUCGUUAAUUGUAAUCAAAUAACAUGUAGUAGACAAAAUCAAUUACAACAUAGUCCACUUUGUUUUAGAAAUGGUAAGUUGAAAGGAUCUCCAAUAACAAAAAUUAAAGGAUAUUUAAAUGAAAUGUUGUAUAUGUGUAAUGAAGAAAACCAAUGUUAAUGACAACAAGAUAACAUAACACAAGAUCUGUAAAACAUAAUACAAAUACGUAGAUUAUGUAAAGAGAUCUAACAAUCUAAAAGCUUAAAAGUAAACUGAACUUGAGAAGGCUUACCGCUUUCAAAUUUAAAUGGAAACACGCUAGUCAUAUUAUCCAAAUGAAAACCGACUUUCUGUUCUUUAGUAGGUAGAUGAACUUGAGAAUGCAGACAAAUUUAUGAACUGUUAUGCUUUUUGGUUUAACAACAACGCUAAAUAUUAUAUAUGUUUAUAUGGUAGAAUAGCUAAACUAGAUUAAUUAAGAAAAAAUAACAUGCUCAUCAAUUAUUAAGCGAAAGCCGAUGCAGACAAGGUUCAGUACCAGCAGUUUCCCAAGAAUAUAGUGUAAAAGUUUCAACCAAUUAUAAUUAUUGUAGUAUUUAAUUGCGUAAUAUCGGUGUGUUCGAUGGAAUAGGUUUAAAUAAAAAAUCUUUUUUUUUCUUAGCAAGGUAGUCCUGGUUCACGCUUUCGCAAGGUUUAAAUAAAACAAGGCAAUCAUAUAUGAAGGACUAAAAGCAAUUUAAAGGUGGCUGCUAUUUCCAAAAUCUUGAGGUUGCUUUACUGAAACAUGCACAUUAUCGCAUAAAUGUAUAAAAAUACAACAUUUUCAAAUAUCCGAGCUUUAGUUGCUUAAACAAAGGAGUUCAUCGCACAAGCGCAUAUAAAAUAUGUAUACGUAUGUUUAACUCAACCAUCAAAGUUAUGUUAAGUAAUUUCAACUUACCAGUUAGGUGCGCAUCGUGUCUGCCUUUCAAAUUCUUUGUUAUAACAUGUAUAAUAUUAUAAAUGCGCUUAUUUGAUCCUCUACUUAAACAAAUUAAGGUUAUGAAUAUUUCAUAUGUAUAGAUAUAUGUAAGUAAAAUACAUAUGGUUAUUAUAAAAGAUAAUGAAAGGUUGCUAAAAUAUUACAAACUUUUCUACCUAAUUUCUUGAUUAAUUUUGUAUUAUUCGUUAAAAACAGCAAAUUUUACAUAAUUAUUGGGUAAUAUUUGUAAUAAAAUAAUAAAGACUAAUACUGUCUUAAGUAUAAUCUAAAUAAUGCAAGAACAUUUUAGUACAAGCGACUGCAGACGCCGCCGGUGAAGUCUUAUGUGAUUUUAAAUAACAAUUUUGUAUUAUUAUUCAUCUUAGAAUCUUUGUAAAAUAAAAUAUUUAUUUUUUUAUUUAAAUUUAAUUUCAAUAUUUCAAAUUAUCUCCCUUAUUAUUAAAAAAUUUGACGACAGAGCAUAUCUUAUUCCUCUUCUCCCUAAUUACACCUUUAGACACAUCGGACAUCCUUGCUAAGUUUAUCACAACGGCACUUUUUCUUUAUAUUAUAAAUCCAGCAAGCCAAUCUAUUUUUCGCAUAAUAUAUCUAAUACAAUGACCUCUUCUAUUUAUCUAGCUAUGGUUGCAUUCGAGCUACGUAAUAAUUACAGCAGUACAGCAACUCUGUUGCAUAUUUGACGCUUCUAAGUAUGCUGAUGUGAUGCUUGUUUUGCCAAAAAAUGGAAAUUCAUUAAAUUAUCGACGAAAUGAAGUGAACAAAUUUUAUUUAUUAAAUAUAAAUAAAAAAGAAGUAUGCUAAUGUCUCACUUGUCGAUUUCCUGGCGCGUUUGCCGUCGCUUCCAAAGCAACUGUCCGAGUCACCUUCGUUCUCUUUGCAUGUGGGACUUUCCAAAGAGUAUUGCAAAUUUUCCAAAGGAGCUGAAAUGCAUCAAAAUACUCCCAGCUGGUAGCGUCCCUUCCUGUUGAUAUGUGUCGCUUCUUUAUCCGGUUAUAUGAGACCGACUUAUUUAAACAUUUUCAUUGGAUUAGCUCUUUACAGUAUGUAACUUCGGAAUUCACGGGUUUCAUGAAAUCUAACACUUUACCCGAAGAAAAGAUUUCUCUAUGCCGACAAAUUUAGCCUCCAUGUGAAGUCGACAACGCACCAAAAACUUAAUAAUUGCAGAAUCUGAUAUUUCGCUGCAAAAGAGUAAAAAAAAUGUCUAUAAACUAAAUUGAUAUAAAGUGAAAUAAAUCACAAUUAUACUAACCUUUCUUUUUCCAUUGCGUUGUGCAGACGAAAAUAUUGUGUUGCUGAUUCUUUGUAUAAAUUGGGCGCAAAAAUGUCAGUAGAAUGUCAUGUUGCAGGUGUUCCCAGAAAUUUACGCAGGACGUGAUAUUCUGGCAACUUUGCAACACUGCUGUCGCGAUUGCCAUCAGGAAUGCACAUCAUGUUCCUUAAUUCUUUAAAAAAAUCUAACCGAUUCCGUAUAAUUAUUGAGAAAAAAGGUGAUAAAGGUAGAAGGUCUUUUUAGGUUGGUUUAUCUAAGCCACUAAUCUGUCGGAAUUAUGAGGAUAACGCAAGAAUCAUAUUUCGUAUACAGAACAGACUUGGUAGUUUAUAAAAGGAAAAAUAUUCAAAAUCUAAAUAUUAAAUUUUCACUCUCUAAUACUUAACUUCUUCUAUAAGAAACGCUAUUUUGUGUACUCUCAGGCUCUUGUGGAACGCAACUGUAGUAUUGUGCUAGAAAUGAUGAAAGAGGAUGAAUUCCGAUUAAAUGGAAAAAGUAUAAGGUUAUAAUGAUGCAAUGCGCUUUAUAAGUCUCCAUUUAAUUGCCUUCUCUAAUGUUUGACUCUAUGUACAUUCCGUUUUUCUUUUCUUUGAGCAACGAAAUACGCAUUGAACCGGUAGUAAAAAAAUGGCUUGUAAAAUUUAUGUAAGUACAUAUAUGUUUGCCAUUAAGCUUUCGAAAUUGUUAAAUUCACUAUAUUUAAAAUAGCUAAAAUUCCUACAGCUGAUUUAAGGUACAAUAAAUUUCAUUUUCAAAUUUCAUUGAUAUUGAUAUUUUAUACAUAUAUAAAUCUUCUAACGGAUAUAUGGAAAUUAAUAUACAUACAUGCUUAACUUACACACUUGUUAUGUAAGUUAACAAACAAGUAACACUGUAAUAAAUGGUUAAACAAUCAUAGAAACGCAUAUGCAUAUAUUAGGAUAGAUUUUGAAUAAUCGAAUAAAUUUAAAAAUUAAAAAUUUGUAGAGAAGAAAAAUAAGAAACCUUGAAGGGAAAUUUUUUCUGUAUUCUUAAUAAAAAUAACAAAUUUAUUUGUACUUUUGAAAUCAAACUAUUACGUAUCAUAAAAUUUCAAUUGAGAACUCGCACUAUAAAUAAAAAAUAAAAUAAAAAAUAUGCAUGCAUAAAUAUAUUAGUACAUACAUGUACUAAAAAAAUAUAAAAAGAAUUGUAGAUUAUAUUCAAAAUUAUGUAAAAUUCAAUACUAAAUACAAUUUUCAACAAUCUUUAGAAUACAGUUGUACCAAAAAAAAUACAAAAACAUUACAUAUACAUUAGUGUCGGUUAUUUGCCCUGAAGUUUCAGUUUUUGCCAUAAAAAUAAGGACCAACAUAAACAAGCUCUUUAUUUUCAAUUUAAACCGUGCCUAAAUCAUAUUUCUUUUGCUUAGAGUAAAAAGAUAUACGAAAAACUCUUAUCAACUAAUAUUAUUUUAAUUUCAGAUAUAGAUAGUUGCAAUGUGAAGUAAAUAGUCGAUUUUCUUUACUGUUGCAAAAUACUAUUAUAAUGUAGCGAUCAUUGCUCCCUUCUUAAGAUUGUAUGUAUUUGCCAAUUUUAUAACAUCAGAUUUUUUGAUAUUUUGCAUAAAGCAAGUAAAUUUACAGCUUUGAAAAAAUUAGUUUUUAUUACAUAAUUCUUUACUCUGCAAAAAAGUUCUGAAUUUUUUUCAUUAACACAUUCCUUAUACGCAGGUAAAGUUAUACAUCAAAUGACCUGAGCCUUUAUUCAAGUGAUUUAUACUGGUAUAUUCUCGAUUAUUCAUACGACAUUGUAUACUAUGUGAAUAUAUGUAGUACAUUUGAUGCAUAACUUUAACUGCGUAUAACUUUAAAUGCAUGAUUUUGUGAAAAAAAUCAUUAAUACUUUUUCUAGAGCGGAAUUUUGUAUUAGAAUAUAACUUUUUCAGAAUUGUAAAUUUAUUGAAUGAAAAUAAAGAGCUUCUUUCCUUUGGAUCCUUUUUUUUUAAAACCAAAAACUGAUACUUCAGGGGACUUUGCAACAAAAAAAAUCAAGAUAGAAUAUAACAGACACUCGAAUAUACCUACAUAUAUAUGUAUGUUUAUAAUGGAAUAUAGAUAAUUAAUUUUGAGUUAAUUUUUGAUCGAUAUAGUCUAAGAGCCAGUGGACGGCAAACUGUAUGUAUUUUACCAAAGGUGAUAUUUUGCUAAAAGAUUCUGCUAUAGCUACCAUACAAGAGGUCGAGAGCCACUAAGCGAAGCUAUGACGUCACUAAGGUAAUACAGGUAUAAAAAUUAGAAGAGUUUCGAGUUUUCGUUUUGAAAAUUAAAACACAAAUUCAAAAGUAUUUUAACAAAUCUGAUUUUUAUAAAUAUUAGGUAAUAUAUUAUAUAAAUAUACAAGUAUAUAUAUUACCGUCUGCCGGACUGUUACAACCGUUGAAAACGUCUGCCGUUUUAAUAAUAAGCUAAUACAAGUAUUAAAAGUAUAAUAUGUAUAUAAAAAUCAGAUUUGCUAAAAUACUUUUAAUUUUCUUUUAAUUUUCAAAACGUCUGACACUUACAAAAUGGUCUCCCAAUAAUUUUGGGCGAUGCAUUCAUUGUACUCUUUAAUAUGACCAAACAGUAGCUUUGUUAAAAUACUUUCGAAACUCUUCUAAUUUUCAUACCUGUAUUACCUUAGUGACGUCAUAGCUACCUUCGCUGGGCUUAGUGGUUCCCGAUCUCUUGUAAGGUAGGUAAAGGAGAAUCUUUUAGCAAAAUAUCGUCUUGGGUAAAAUACAUAGAGUCUGCCGUCCACUGGCUUUUAGACUAAUAUUUAAAAAGCACACUGAAGGCCGUUGAGCUUACUUUGAAAACGUAUAUAAAAAAAUAUUUUGAAGCGUAAUUUUUUUAUUAUUAUAUACAUAAAUCAAUACAGCAAAUUACAAUAAUAAAAUCAAGAGAAGAAGAGAAUAAAAAUGAAAAUACUAAUAAAAGGAAUUAAGAUUAAUGCAUUGAUACUUACUUGUAUUAAAGUUAAAUCUAGCUGAAUAAAUACAGUAAUGAAAAUGGUCUAUGUAUAUGUAAAUUUGUGGAAAAAAUAAAGUUAAAUACUCUUAAACUCUAACUCAAAGCAUAUGUUUCAAAAUGUAUGUAUGUUGGAUGUUCUCCGUAAAAACAUACAUUUCUUUUUUUUUUGUUAUUAAUUUUACGUUCUUUUUUCCAAUACUACUCCUGCAAGUGGUAGUUGACUAAUUUUAUACAUACUUAUAUUAUGAAAGAACGUUAAAACUUCCACUUAAUAUUUACUUCAUCUCUCAAUAAUUUAUAAUGAUUCAAGUUCUCUUCGUUUUCACAGUACUAUAUUUUCUUUCAACAUAAGUACGUAUGUUUGUAUGAAAGGUGAAAUGUUUUCAUUUUCUUCUAUAUCGAAUUUUAUGUAUACAUAUCGUCACCUAAAAUGCCAAACAACGUAUCACAAAAAAUUCGAAAUUGAGCUUUUAAUUUAUUACGAUUCACUACAAGAUAUUACAUACACACAUGUGUGUAUGUACUAAGUAUACAUUUUUAAGCUUCCUCUUUCAGAUAUAACCAAGUUAUAACCAACUUCAAAUGUGUACUCAAUAUGAUCAGUUUCAAUUUUUUUAUAUUUUGCGUUUUAGGUGACGAUAUAUUGUUAUAUUUAACUAUAUUGUAUAUUAUGAUAUAUAUGUGCAAUAUAUUUUGAAAACAAACUGUCAAAGUUGAAAUACACUAAUGUGUGGAAGUUUGUGUUCUACAACAGCUUCUGUAUACAGAAAAUAAUCAGAAGAGUGAAGUAGGGGAAAAUACGAAAAGAUCUUAAUAUGUUGUUGUACUCGUGUAUGGUCGGAUACAAAUAAAAAAAAAAUAUACGAAAAAUUUUAACUUCAGAUAUGAACAAAGAAUUAUAAGCAGUAAUAAGAAGAAAAUAGUCGAUUUUGUUUACUUUUGCAAAAUAGUUGGUACACGAAACGAAACGGAAAAGGUGAAGAAGAUCGUUAUAUUUGGCCCAAAUCAAACUGACAGCUGAAUGGAGUGUGUGUAGUCAUAUAUAGAGUUCCGCGAAUCAGAAAAUUGGAAAAACAUCACUUAUUUGUUUAUCUUUCUCUUUAACCAAGUCGAUAAGCAUGUUAAAAGUUUGGUACCCUAUCUUAAUAAAAUUAUGUAUUCUAAAUGAAAAGACCCAAUACCAAAACAAUUCCUCUAUUUUGCAGCGCGACGGAAAUUUGCUGACCUUGCCCUCCCACGAGUGAAGUUGUUUAUUUCGUGAAUCAGAAUCUGAUAUUUCGCUGCAAAAGAGUAAAAAAAAUGUCUAUAAUCUAAAUUGAUAUAAAGUGAAAUAAAUCACAAUUAUACUAACCUUUCUAUUUCCAUUGCGUUGUGCAGACGAAAAUAUUGUGUUGCUGAUUCUUUGUAUAAAUUGGGCGCAAAAAUGUCAGUAGAAUGUCAUGUUGCAGGUGUUCCCAGAAAUUUACGCAGGACGUGAUAUUUUGACAAAUUUGCAACACUGCUGCCGCGAUUGCCAUCAGGAAUGCACAUCAUGUUCCUUAAUUCUUUAAAAAAAAUCUAACCGAUUCCGUAUAAUUAUUGAGAAAAAAGGUGAUAAAGGCAGAAGGUCUUUUUAGGUUGGUUUAUCUAAGCCACUAAUCUGUCGGAAUUAUGAGGAUAACGCAAGAAUCAUAUUUCGUAUACAGAACAGACUUGGUAGUUUAUAAAAGGAAAAAUAUUCAAAAUCUAAAUAUUAAAUUUUCACUCUCUAAUACUUAACUUCUUCUAUAAGAAACGCUAUUUUGUGUACUCUCAGGCUCUUGUGGAACGCAACUGUAGUAUUGUGCUAGAAAUGAUGAAAGAGGAUGAAUUCCAAUUAAAUGGAAAAAGUAUAAGGUUAUAAUGAUGCAAUGCGCUUUAUAAGUCUCCAUUUAAUUGCCUUCUCUAAUGUUUGAUUCUAUGUACAUUCCGUUUUUCUUUUCUUUGAGCAACGAAAUACGCAUUGAACCGGUAGUAAGAAAAUGGCUUGUAAAAUUUAUGUAAGUACAUAUAUGUUUGCCAUUAAGCUUUCAAAAUUGUUAAAUUCACUAUAUUAAAAAUAGCUAAAAUUCCUAAAGCUGAUUUAAGGUACAAUAAAUUUCAUUUUCAAAUUUCAUUGAUAUUGAUAUUUUAUACAUAUAUAAAUCUUCUAACGGAUAUAUGGAAAUUAAUAUACAUACAUACUUAACUUACACACUUGUCAUGUAAGUUAACAAACAAGUAACACUGUAAUAAAUGGUUAAACAAUCAUAGAAACGCAUAUGCAUAUAAUGGGAUAGAUUUUGAAUAAUCGAAUAAAUUUAAAAAUUAAAAAUUUGUAGAGAAGAAAAAUAAGAAACCUUGAAGGGAAAUUUUUUCUGUAUUCUUAAUAAAAAUAACAAAUUUAUUUGUACUUUUGAAAUCAAACUAUUACGUAUCAUAAAAUUUCAAUUGAGAACUCGCACUAUAAAUAAAAAAUAAAAUAAAAAAUAUGCAUGCAUAAAUAUAUUAGUACAUACAUGUACUAAAAAAAUAUAAAAAGAAUUGUAGAUUAAAUUCAAAAUUAUGUAAAAUUCAAUACUAAAUACAAUUUUCAACAAUCUUUAGAAUACAGUUGUACUAAAAAAAUACAAAAACAUUACAUAUACAUUAGUGUCGGUUAUUUCCCCUGAAGUGAAGUUGUUUAUUUCGUGACUUUGUCUGUCGCCUAUUCUGCAUUUUGGUGAAUGUAUGUAUGACUGUAAGGGGUAAGGUGUAGUCUCAGACAUGAAUAAACUACUUUAAAUAAUUUUUGUUGACAGAAUAUUAUGUUUUUUUUUGUAAAAAUAAGAACAUAGCAUCAUUAAUAAAGUUUCAACUUGACUUAAAAAAUUUAAAAAAAAAUAACAAUAAAAAAAUAAAUAAAGUAAUGGCUGUUUAUGUUAAUCCAGUUCCAGCCAAAUCUCCUUGUAUUGACCAUCACUAAUGUUUGGAGAUUCAUCUAAAAUCAAUCGGUAAAAAAUAUUUGUUUUCUUAAAGAUAAUCUAGAGCCUGAUCGAAAAUUUUUUUGAAUCAAUGAAAUGGCGACCUCAGGAAAUUUAUAAAAAAUUGAAAUUAAAGCUUUUCAUGUUUUCGAGCAACAGUGGUCACCAGAACAGAAAAACAUAGUUUCGAGUAAAACGCAUAAUGCAUUUCAAGUUUUAUAAGAACAUUUCAGAUCGCCAGUAAAACGUUUGCUAAUUAUCGAAUAACUGGAAAAGUACUUUUGGAUGUACUUAAAAUUUUCAGGGAAUAGAAAAAGUAUGUUUUUUGAAAAUUAUGACUACCCCUAACCCCAAAACUAAUGUGAAUAGAAUUUAAAUGUACUCGUUUGAACUUUUAGGUUUAUCAAAAAUUUGGUUGAGAUAAUUUGAUGGACCGAUUUUCUGCAUUUUUUUAUUAUGUACUCUGCACAUUAGCGUAGGAAGUGAUAAAUAUAGACGCACUGUUAUUAAAAA